AUGUCCAGCACAGCCUCAGCAUGUUACAAGUUAAUAUUCUACGUCCCACCGAGGGACCUAGAGGCCGUUAAGACAGCAGUCUUCAAGACAGGUGCGGGCGAGUUCCCCGGAGGAAAGUACAAACAGACCUGCUGGGAGACAACGGGCACUGGCCAAUUCCUGCCAGUGAAGGGCGCCGGUGCCAACCCGGCUAUUGGGGAGCUUUUAGCUGAUGGGAGCGCUUUCCAUUUAGAGAGGGUGGAGGAGGUGAGAUGUGAAAUCCUUUGUACUGAUCGGGAAACGGCUGUGAAGGCGGUGGGGGCGUUGAAAAGGGCACACCCGUACGAAGAACCUGCGUACGAAGUCUACAAACUCGAAGACCUUUAAUUCUCUCAUGCUGCUUUUCCUGUGCAAUAUCAUAGCUCAAGUUAUUCUAAA